AUGGCGUCCGGCGUGGUCGUUCGAAGGCCGACGCCCCCUGCUCCCGAGGACGCUCAGCUCUUCUUUCCGACCAGUCUGUCUUGGGACUUCAGCUUCUCGCCUCCUUUCUUUCCGCUUCUCCAGCAACUACUCUCCAAAAAUGGUCCGACUGAGUUCUCACCGGAAGAGGUCGCUGACUUCAAGGAGUCUUUCGGUCUCUUUGACAGGAUUGGUGACAGCCAGGUGGGCUACAACCAGGUUCCCGACAUCAUGCGCGCCCUGGGCCAGAACCCCACCAACAAGGACGUGGUCAAAAUCCUGGGCAACCCCUCCGCCGACGACAUGGCCAACAAGAGGAUCAGCUUCGACGACUUCAUGCCCAUGCUCAAGCUGGUCGACGCCCUCCCCAAGGGAAGCUACGACGACUACGUUGAGGGUCUGCGCGUCUUCGACAAGGAGGGCAACGGCACCGUGAUGGGCGCUGAGCUGCGCAUCGUGCUGUCCACUCUGGGAGAGAAGAUGACCGAGGCCGAGAUCGACUCCCUCAUGACCGGACAGGAGGACGAGAACGGCAGCGUGCACUACGAGGCUUUCGUGAAGCACAUCAUGUCUGUGUAAGGUCCGGCAGCAGGAGCUGGAGAAGCUGUAGCUCGCUGCUACAGACAGACGACGUGUCCGGACACCGACACCGACUCAAAGACCAACCAAGGAAAGACAAGGACUAUGUACAAGGGAUGUUGAA